GAACAGGAGAAAGAACAGAUUGUACAUUCGCCGAAAAAAGAGAAAGAUAAAGAGAGCAAAAAAGAUGACAGAGAAUCAAAGGAAGCAAAGAAAAAGAAAGAGCAAGAAGAAAAGCAGGCAAAGAAGGAAAGUGAAGAAAAGCGGAAGCAGGAACAAAAGAAAAUGCAUAGGCUUGCACGUAGACAACCAUACUGCUGAGCCUAACGAGGGGUUCGUUCACCACGAUACACCACAGUAGGGAUGACAGAACUCCGCCCUGAGGGCAG